AUGUUCACUUCAUCGACUUUCUUGCUGAAGGACUGUGAUUCCAGUCGAACAAUAGUGGUGAGGUUAACCGCCAUCGAUAAAGCACCUCUACCGGAGUCUGACGUGAAGCACUUCAUUGUGGUUGAUGACGAUGGAGUAUGGACCGCGUGGGAUACGUCGGAGGGACCUUGUAAUUGUGAAGCGGCUAUGCGAGAUCGGGUCAGGAAUCGCACGUGCGAUAACAAAGGAAUUCCCGGGCGCACAUGCGACGGACCUGACACAAUAAUCGACACGGUAUCCUGUGCUGGCGACCCUGCUUGCACAACAACAACUACAGAAAUGCCGACGACUUCAACAACCCCCGCGCCAGAAUGCUACACUCCCUGGGGGUGCUGGAAGCCGGGUCCAUGCUCGGUGUCAUGUGGGCAGGGGUCGCUGGUGGAGACGCGGAACAGAGAACUACUAGACUGUGGCAACAACGCCUGUGACCAGCCCUUGGAACAGAACAGGACAGCAGUGUGCAUGGAGCAGAACUGCAUGUGUGCAGAGGCUCUUACUCGAUGGUCUGAAUGGUUGGCUAGCGGUAGUUGUUCGAAUACUUGCGACGGCUUGAUAACGGAGACACGGAACAGGACUUGCAGAAAGCUGUCUGGCUGCACAGGCGUUGCCCUUGACCAGACACGGGUUGAAACCUGUUCUAGUGCUUGCUAACGGAAGUCGGGGUCAAACAGAUGAAGCCGUGUCAGCAUCCUGGCCAACAAUGUUGAUAUCAAUAUGGACAUUAAGACCC